AUGGGAAUAGUCUUGUCCAGCACCGUUGCUGUUGUAGCAGAAGUGCAGGCGCUUUGGGUAGCUGCUUUUCUGACCGGAACGCUGGAUGGUGAUGUGCCAGUCAAACCAAAGCCGCGUAUACAUUCUCCCCUAAGGAUGAACACUCUUUCCCGCAAAGAUCUGGACCAGGAUAUUUCCGACGAUGUGGUCUGGGGAAACAUCAAUGGGGGUGGUCUCAACAUCGAUGCGAUCCACUACAAUGACAUGCUCCUCCAAGAUCUUGGCCUGGAUCCCCAUCGAAUGAGCGGCCGUUUCUGUUCCGAAAUGAGCGCGAUCUAUGGACCAUCGGCGUACGCGGGGAUUGUGGAGGAAUGGCUGGAGAUGCGGGAGAGAUAA